UGGAUCCAUCGAGUACUCCUCCAGCAGCAGCAACGCACAGGUCGAUCCAUCCAUUGGUCGCCACAAGAAGCCAAACUAGUCCAGUCGAGCUAGCGUAGCGAGAGAGAGAGAGAGAGAGCUUGAGGGGUAGAGAUAAGGUCGAUCGUCGACAUGGCCUGGAGCGACGCAGAGAACGAGAGGUUCGAGCGCGCGCUGGCCACGUACGGCCGCGACACAGCCGGUCUCUGGGAGCGCGUGGCGGCAGCGGUCGGCGGCGGCAAGACGGCCGACGACGUCAGGCGCCACUACGACCUGCUGACGCAGGACAUCGGCGACAUCGAGUCCGGCCGCUACGGUUACCCCAACGGCGGAGCCAACAGCAGCACCAACCCCAACAACGGCAGGAACAGGGCCAACCGGCCCCAGACAUGAUGGGAUCAUGCUGUUCACACAGUCGAUCGAAGGACACGUACGUACCAAGUACGAGCAAACCGAGCUAGCAGCUAAUUAUGCAUGCAAGCUGCCGUGUAUUUGUACUUCGGUUCUACAGUGGUAUUUUAUGUUUGCUUCUGGAGAGUAUAUGUAGUAAUAGCUCUGUCGCGAGACGAGAGCAAGUACGUGUGCGUGUGGCAGCAGUGUGCAUAUGGGUGUAAACUGUAAAGCUUGCACUACUGCUUUUGUGAUGGCAAGUUUGCUACGAUAUGAAUGAAUGAAUACGUAUCGCUGUUAUUCCUGCCUGAUUCUAAAUGGCAAUGAAG